AUGAGUAUUGGUAUACCAGUUAAAAUUUUACAUGAAGCAGAUGGACAUAUAGUAACAGUGGAGUUAAAAAAUGGUGAACUUUAUAGAGGUACAUUAAUAGAGAGUGAAGAUAAUAUGAAUUGUAGAAUGAAGAAUAUUACAGUCACAGCAAGAGAUGGCAGAAACUCUCAAAUGGAAUAUUGUUAUGUUAGAGGUAGUAAAGUUCGUUUCAUCAUUUUACCAGAUAUCUUGAAAAAUGCACCAAUGUUCAAGAGAAUCGAUGGUCGUGUAGUACUUAAAGGUAAAGCAUUAGGUAUUGGUAAAGGUGCAACCUUUGAACGUGGUAAUUUCAGAGGUGGCCGUGGUGGUGGUGGUGAUCGUGGUGGUUUCAAAGGUGGUCGUGGCGGUGGAGGUCGUGGUGGUUCUAUGAAUACUUUCCAACAAAGAAGAGGUCCACAAUAA